AAAGCAAACCUAACCUCAAAAAAAAACAAAUCAAAUGCCAAAAAAUUUACUAGUAUUUUUUUCCAAAAAUUAUUAAAAAUUUCCAAUAAUUAAUUAUUAAUUAUGUCCAGUAGUAGUAUAGUAAAUCCGGGAGGAGAACAGGAAAGGACCGCUCCUUUUCCUGGACCAAAUGCACGUCAACGACCUCAGCCAUACCAAUUUAGUUCAGAAGAGAUGAGAGUUCUAAGAGAAUGCAACAAAGAAAGUUUUUUUGGACGAUCUUUGCCUUUUAGCACUAUUUUGGGUGGACUAACUUACUAUGGAAUUCAUACUGGCCUUUUCAAAAGAAGUAGAUCAUUCGGAGCAGUACCUAAAGUAACGGCAGCCAUAAUCACCGGGUAUAUACUGGGCAAAUUUUCUUACCAUCAAAAAUGUGCCGAAAAAUUCAUGGCUUUACCUGAUAGCAAAGUUGGCAGGAUGAUGAAAGCCAGAAGACUUGGAAUUCCAGACGACGAGUAAGAA